AUGGCUAAAAAUUUGAAUAAACGGGAUCUUAAAGUGCUAAAAGACUCGUUAGGAAAACAAGGGUGGAAUAUGGAUGAUGUAAAAGAAGCUGAUAGCCAAAUUCAAGCAGGCGGCAUCGGAGUUGUCAGAAUUAAUUCAUAUAUUUUGAAAAAUUCUGUAGAAUAUAAUGAAAAACUUCAUGAAGAUGGUUGGUAUGUGGGAUACGAGGUUGAAUUGAACGGUGUCGGAAGAUGCUCAGCAAGUGAAGAAGAUAAUGCUAGUGAUCACGUCAUGGACAAUGGUAGUAGUGGAUUUAGCAGUGAUACUUCUUCUGAAGACGAUAAAAAAUCUCAACAAUUAACCAAUAGUGAUGAAAACAUUGAAAAUAGCCAAAUCUUAUACGGAUGUGGUACGAACGUUUUUUUCAGUAAGGAAUUUGUCCCUUCCGAUAUUAGUCUGAUAACGAGUGAUGGCGUUACUAAGUUUGAAAAGUUGCCCAUCAAAGAAACUUGUCGCGUUAAACCUUUAAAUAGCAAACCGCAGCCAGAUUCGUAUAAUUCUUCCAAAAAUGGGUAUCAAAUGAUCAAAUCUGUAUCUGAAGAACAAAAUGAUGAAGAGGAAGCAGUGCUGAAUGAUUCGUUUUCCGAAUCUUCUUGUGGAUCAUUGUGGACUAAUUUCAUAAUUUUCAACGAGAAUUUGAAAUCCGAAAAGCAGCAAAAGCCAACGUUUUUGAUAGAAAAAGAAAAGUUCAAUUCGAUACCGCUUGAUGAAGAUAAACUUUCACAAAUAUCAUCCGCUUUGGCAAAUUUCACGCUGCCUACACCGCCUGGAUGGGAGGAAAUUGACGACAAAAAAUUGAUCGAUUUUGUUAAGAGUUCGACGAGUAUUUUGCAAUAG